ACUUCUAGCCAUGUGCAGUGCAGUGAUCACGUGGUUCCAUUGUACAUACUACUCCAGUCCAGGUGGAGGUGCUGGUUCUCCAAAUAUAAUAAAGUGUAGAAGAAGAAGAUCUGAGUCCGCAGUGUUUUAUAGAGAAACAGGAGCUGCAAAAGCAUGGGAUGACUACUUCUUCUUGCAAGUUUUCUGCUACUCUUAGUGGCCGUUUUAUCUUAAGGAUCCUAAAAUUGACUUUUACAAGCACUUCAAUAAAUCCCCAAAAAAACAGAUCUCACAAUGUUGUCAUCAGAUGAAAUAAAAUGUGAGAAUGUAGUUUCCAUAAUUUAUACUCCACCAGAACAACCCAAAAUCAACGCAGGAAAAGGGAAUUCCCAUCACUGCGCAGACUGUGGGAAGAGUUUCUUGAAACCUAGUGCUCUUCAAAUACACCAGCGCGUUCACACUGGAGAGAAACCGUAUCAGUGCUCCGAUUGUGGGAUGAGUUUUAGAAAAAGUGGUGCCCUCAAAACACACCAGCUCAUUCACACUGGAGAGAGACCAUAUCACUGCUCGCAGUGUGAAAUGACUUUUAGAGACAGUGGUAACCUUAAAAAACACCAGCGCAUUCACACCGGAGAGAAACCACAUUACUGCCCGGAAUGCGGAAAGAGUUUUAAUCGCCAGAGUAAUCUCCAAAAACACCAGCGCAUUCACACCGGAGAGAAACCGUUUCGCUGCUCAGAGUGUGGAAAGAGUUUCAGAGAAAGUGGCACCCUCAACAGACAUCAACGCAUUCACACUGGAGAGAAACCGUAUUACUGUUCAGAUUGUGGAAAGAGUUUUAACCAACUGAGUUCCCUUCAAACACAUCAGCGCAUUCACAGAGGAGAGAAAACGUAUCCCUCCUCGAAGAGCGGACAGAACGAUGUCCAAACUAACCAAAGCGUUCACACUGGAGAGAAACCAUAUCUGUGUUCAGAUUGCGGGAAGGGUUUCCACCAACAGAGCGACCUUCGAAGACACCAGCGCAUUCACACAGGAGAGAAACCGUAUCACUGUUUAGAGUGUGCAAAGAGCUUUAAUCAGCGGAGUUCUCUCAAAAAGCACCAGCGCAUUCACACUGGAGAGAAACCGUAUCAGUGCUCUGAAUGCGGGAAGAGUUUUAAUCAACAUGGCGAUCUCCAGAGACACCACCAUAUUCACACAGGAGAAAAACCAUAUCAAUGCUUAGAGUGUGGAACAAGCUUUAAUCAGCAUAGUACUCUCCAAGCACACCAGCGCAUUCACACUGGAGAGAAACUGCAUCGUUGCUCAGAGUGUGGAACAGGUUUUAGAAAGAGAGGUACCCUAAAAAAACACCAGUGUGUUCACAUCGGAGAGAAACCGUAUUACUGCUUGGAGUGCGGCAUGAGUUUUAGAAAGAACAGUGCCCUCAAAAAACACCUGAGGAUUCACACAGGCGAGAAACCGUACCAGUGCUCAGAAUGUGGCACGAGCUUUAGAAAGAUUAGUACUCUGAAAAAACACCAGCGUGUUCACACUGGGGAGAAACCGUAUCAGUGCUCAGAGUGUGGACAGAGUUUUAGAAAGAUCAAUACUCUCAAAACGCAUAAGCGAAUUCACACAGGAGAGAAACCGUAUUACUGUCCCGAGUGUGGGGUGAAUUUUAGAAAGAGCAGUUCCCUCAAAAAACACCUGAGCGUUCACACUGAGGAGAAACCGGAUCAGUGCUCAAAAGUGUGGGAUGAGUUUCAGAUUACAGAGUCACCUCCAAAUUCACCAGCACAUUCAAUCAAGACCGAAUCUGUUUCACCGCUUAGAGUGUGGGAGGAAUUACCAACAUUAAAAUCUGAAGAAAUAUAAAUACAUUACGUGUUACGGUACAUGUCCACUUGCACUCAAUAAAGUAUCUAUCUAUCUACUUUAGCGCUAACAUAUCCUUUUCGUUUAAAGGCUAAGCACCACCUGAAAGGACCUCCUUGAAAAUUUCACAUUAUUUAAGCUUCUAAAACUGUAAAAGUUAAUUAAAAAUGACAAUCACAUAUUUAAUUUAUUUUAACGUUUAUCGCGACGGAAAUUACAGAAACCAUCGAUAAUCACAAGUUAAAAACUGAGUCCUAUCCAAACAGAAUUUCUUAGGGGGUCCUGGGGUAUGAGUUGCAUUGAGUUGAGUUAAACUCAGCCAGACACCAAACAUACAGCUGAAAAUGUCAGAAUUUGGAAUUACAGAACAAACACCUACUGUAAGGCUUUUGUUUUGCUUGAUUUGACUGGAAAAAUGUCAGAGACGCCCUUCACUCUUUGGCAAGAGAUCAGGCAUGGACGAAGGCGUAAAGAAAGUGCGAGUGGACUUUAAACUACGGUUAAUCUUGUAUUAUGUUGAACCAGAAAUGUAUAAAAGGCUAUGUAUAUUACAAAGUAUGAGUAUGUAAAUAUAUUAGUAUAUAAUAUAUAAUAUGCAGUUUAAAUGUUCUUUUAAGAUAGUUUGUUGUGGACUUCUGUCUUUUGGUGGAGCUUAAACACGUGGACGAGUAAUCUGGAUAAAUAGAGUACAGGGCCACAAGGUUUCACAACCGUCUUUAAGGACCUACAGACCUUCAAUAACAGACCUUGUGACAAACAGCAAGAAACAUAGUCAAAAAUGUAAAAAAGUACCUCCAGUCUAAAAGAGAAAAAAUAAACCUCAACACAAUCAUCUGAGGAUAUUAAACCUUGACAUUAAUAUGAGACAGAAUUUUUAUAUUGGUUUUGAGUGUCUGGGUUGGAAGUGUGCCUAGGUUGUGAAUUCGAUCCACUACAACAGAAACUGUGUGGGCGAAGGGUUCCUCAACCCUGUUCCUCAACAGCAUGCUGAAGCAAAUGUGUGAACUUGGGCAAAUAAUGUGUUUUUGUUUCUUUAGUUUGUCUGAAGGUGUCUUAUUUAUGUCCAGUUAUGCAAAAUGUAAUAAUUGAGAAAUAAAAUAAUGCAAUUAGGGCUGCAACUAAUGAGUAUUUUGGUAGUCGACUAAUCUGAUAAUUAUUUUUUUGAUUAGUCGAUUGGUCAAUGGUUAUUUGUGCCAUGUCCUACAAUUCUAAAACGAUAGGUCUAAAAACAGCUGAACAUGAGAUUUAAAAGACAUUUAAAUGUCUAGAUGUUGUUUAAACGUGGAAAGUACUGAUUCUUAUUAAGUAAAUAUAUAAUAUGUUGUGUUUGGGAACUUUUGGAGAGACAGACUAGUUGACAAUUAGUCGACAAUAAUAUUUGUCAGCAAAUUUAAAUAAUCGACAUCUGUGAUUAUAUUGACUAAUUGUUGCAGCCCUAAAUGCAAUACAUAGAUACACAUUUAAUGCAGAAACACUUCCUUCAUUGACUAUCAGUUGACAUUUGUUUUGUUGUUGCCUUUUUUGAUUUAUCCAUGCAUUUCUAUUUAAGGUUUUAAUUACUGUCUGAAAAACUACUGGUAGAAUGCAUAAAUAUUUCUACUUACCACUUUCAAACCUGUCCUUUCCCAUCACACUUCCCUGGUACUUCAGCCCCAAUUCUAUAUGUUGUUUAAUAUUUAUUCUGCCAUAUUAAAUUACCUGUGCAAAAAAAAAAAA